AUGGAUCCACCGGAAGUGCCAAAAACACUGACCAAAUUGAGUUCGAUUUGUGUUUUGGAAUAUUUGAGUUUUGAGAGAAGACAAUACAUCAGCGCCCAACUAACUGGAUUUCGAAAAGUCGAAAAAUCAAUACCACUUCAUUUGUCCCAUCUGGCCAUUUCUGUUGGAAGAAUUCGGAUAAAUGACAACGAGUACUAUUUGAAACGGCUUGACGGGAAUUCAAAAGACACCGAAUUGGGAAAAUUGGCUCAAUGGGAUAUGGAGAGUGAGGGUGAACUUUUGCCAGGCGAUUUUUGUAUUGGAAAUCCCCAAAACUACAUUUUCAAUCGAAAUUUUCCAAUGGAAAAUGCUCCUUUUCCAUGGACCACAGAGCUCCGGGUGACACAAUUUAAAGGCGCAUACAGUAUGCCUGUGGAUAUCUCAUUGGGAUUCUUGGCUCCAAUUUGGGAUACUGCUCCAAUCCACGUGGCAUUCAAAAAAUUGGUUUUUGACCUACUUGGAAAUCGGCCUAUGAUAUUUACAAAGAAAUUCGAAUUUCUGAAGAUCACAAGAGAUUCGAAAAUUUAUCGAUUGCCGCUGGAACUGAAAAUUCAGGCGGAGACGUUGGAAACCGUUUGGUUCUCUUUCAGCUAUGCUGAACUAGACCGGAUUUCAAGAAUGCUGGGACCAAAGCCACUCAAAGAGUUUGCGACUCAAUACCAUAAUUUUGAAGUUUUCACACAUCCAAUUGCUCAAAACGCUCAAAAACUGACAAUUUGUAGUGGAUCACUUUUUGAUUAUCGGCUUAUCAAUCAUAGAAAUAUUCGUCUGAAGAAAUGGGGUCCAGGAGUGGGAAUCUCGAUACAGGAAUGGAUUGGAAAUGAGAAUACAGUUGGAAUGGAGUUUGUCGGAGACAUUGAACUGAUGCACUUGAGUGAUUUGAAGGUGAUCAAGAAGGAGAAAGAGCUUAAAGGAACCAUGUAUCGGAAAAAAUGCCAAUUUGAUGGAAAACGUGUCAGAGCGGAUGAGAGUGGUCAACUGAUAACACGUUUAUCAUAUUAUCAGCAAUAUUUUAACAGUUUAAAAGUUUUUGCUAUCUCUUAUAGGAACCGAGAUAUUCAGAAAAAAAUGGAGGACAUUACUCUCUUGCGCAAGAUGUCGGCGACAGUGAAAUAUUUGAAAUCAAACAGCGCUGUUCAUUCCAACUCCUUCUCCGCGAUCGCUGAGCUCACGGACAACGCGUCGGAUGCUAGAUCCAACAACUUCUAUAUCGACGUUGUUGAUACCGAGUGGGCGGAGGAACUGCACGUGAUGGAUGACGGAAUUGGAAUGAGUCGACAGGACAUGCUCAAUGUGAUUCUAUUUGGAAAAACCCAAAAAGGACCAGAAUGCAUUGGAAAAUGGGGUAAUGGACUGAAAACUGGAGGAUGUUAUCUGGGUCAGGACAUGCUUGUGCUCUCCAAAAAGGAUGGUGUUCAUACGGCUCUGUUUUUGUCCCACUCGUUUUUGAAUGCGGAGGGUUCGGAGCAGAUCUAUGUGCCAAUCCCAUCGAAGUAUGCCGCUGGAGACCGAUGUUGUCCAAGAGAUGAGGAUAAGAAAAGAUGGAAUUAUGAAAAUGAGGUCAUUGCUCAGCACGCAGGGCUUACUGUACCCCUUUGGGACAUGUUUGAUAGGAUUCCGGGAGACCAUGGGACCCUUGUGAUCAUCAAGAAGCUUCGGAGAGCUGGUCAGGGAGGAGCAUUGAUGCUGAACUUCAAUGAUGAUAAGGAGGAUAUCAGGAUGGAAGAUGAGCAAAUGAGGCCACGUCAUUGCUCAUUGAGAGAAUACCUUUCCGUGCUGUACAGGAGGCCAAAGAUGAGGAUCCAUCUCCGUGGCAAGAUCGUCGAGCCGAGGAUCUUCCUCUCAAAAUGGGCCGCCAGAUGCACAUCCCACUUUGAAGUCCUCAAUAAGGAAGAGCUCCAAAAAUUCAGGGAGAGGCUCGACGAGGAGCAUCAGAAGGCUGAAAAGGUUCGCGAAGCCGAGAAGAAGUACCUAGAUGCCAUGAAAAGUACACGAGAACUGACCGACACUUAUAAGAUGGACGUUGAACGGCUUAAUGGAGCUGUACUUCGAACCGAGCUGGCACACAGAAAACGUCUGGCAAAACAUCUGAAGGAGGAUCCCAAAAAAUACACGGAGGGACUUAUUGAGUCGGUCUACGGUAUCGAGGUCAAUAACCGUCAAUUUGACGAUGGGAUCCAUUUGUAUGUCAAUAAUAGGCUUAUUACCUAUGGCCAUAAAUCACCAUUCUUCAAACGGAUUCAAAAUUCCGUCGGAAUUUCCGUUUUCUGCGAAUUGGACUAUGCCAUCUUCCCCACGACUCAAACCAACCAAAAAUUCAAAAUUAUGAAAGACUUCAACCGUCUUAUCAAGAAGAUUGAUAUGGACCUGGCUCACUACUAUCUCUACGUCACCAAGACCUGGAUUCCAAAGCACUUGGAAAAAGAAUGGAAAGUUGGAAAUGCGAGGAGCAUGGACAAGGAGAACCUGUGGGACAGAUUCUGGAAGAAUUUCGGAUACAGCUCCUCGAAGAGAAAUUGUCUCAAAAAAGGGGAUUCUGAGGAAAGGAAAGAGAUCAUUGAAAAGGAGUGUGGGAUCUGGAAUUAUUGUUUCGAAUGCCUGAAAUGGAAGCGCAUCUCCGCGGAUAUGGACUAUUCUGAAGGUGUCCCCUUCUCAUGUUCCAAGAUUCUCGGCCAUCGUUGUGGCCAGAAUUUCGAUUCUGACGGCUUUCACGCCCUUGAGCUGCCCAAGAAGCACCAGGAUCCAAGGGCCGAGAUCCAGAAUCGAUGUUCUGUAGUUCCGGAAGUGGUGGAUUUAGAAAAUGAAGGAGAUGAAGAGGACAGAGAGGAAGUGGAGGGAAAAGAAGAUGAAGAUCGGGACCAACCGUCGACAUCGGCUCGCGGAGCACCAAAAAUUCAGAAACGCAAGAUGUCAACUGACCAAAAUGCCAAAAAUGAUUCCCCAAAAAAGGCCAAAUCGAACAACAAUAAACCGUCAGCUUCGUUCUCAUCUGCUAUAUCGAGAGAAAUUCGGCAGAAUCCAGCGGCAUUUGCAAGACCAACAGCGUUAAGAGCAGCGAAACAGAGCUCAUCGAAAGCCACCAAGCCAUCUUUGACCAUCAGCCAAUUGAACGAAAUUCUGGAAGCUCUUGGAGAAGCUCCAUUCGAUCCAAAGAAUCCACAGGAAAUCGACAAUGUGUGCGCAAGACUUAAGGCUGUUGAGGAAGAUGAUAAGAAUUUCGAAGAGAAUAUUGAAGUGAUUUUUGAGCAUCUGAGAAACAACGAGGAGCAUGAACUGGACUUGGAUUCAACAGGAACCGGUGACGAAAGAUUUGCAAAAAUCGCCGAGCAGCUUCUCUUCCUCUCCCCCUCCUCCUCUUCCCACACUCUCUAA